AUGAUUUCAAAAGUGUUUUACAUUAGUGAUUUGAAGGGAAAUAGUGGAAAUGGUUGUGUUGGGAAUGUUAAGAAACUGUUAGAUGAUAAUGAACUUUCAAAGUUGUUUGACGAUAAUAUUGAAGAGUUUAAGAGUUUUCAAGAGUUUUUCACAAGAAUUUAUAACGAUAGAGUAAACGAUAGUAUUGAGACUAACUUUGAAAACGGUGUCUAUUUAAUCAUUGUUAACAAUGCAGAGAGUGUUAAUAUACGGCAAUUUAAUAGCACAAUUAGGAGUUUCUUCCCGACUUUAAAUUUACUAGCAUUCAAUUAUUCAGAGUUUAUUGGAUUCACUUCCGAUAUAGCCCUCUGGCAGCAAUUGAAGGAUGAUAUUAAAGUCGUGAAUAAUAAAAUUAAAAGAGCCAAAUAUUGGAUGUAUCAUACUGAUGGAUUUAAAAACUCUGAGCAUACAAAUUGUUCAUCAAACAUUUAUUCUAUGUGGUCUCAUUUUAAUUCAGUGGAUGCUUCUCAUAAGAGAAUAUCUGGAAAUGGAAAUGCCACUCAUAUCCCUGAAUAUUUAAGAUCCAUUGAUUUCAAAAAGAUAAUUACUAGUCGUCUUAAAUACACUGAUGAUGAAGAGAAAUAUAUAAGCAUUGUUUCAAAUUGGUCAUUUGCAAUAAAUGAACUGAAUAGCUCGGAAUUGAUUUACUGCUCAUAUUUGAUUAUAAAAUUAUCAAUAAAUCAAUUGAUGCAAAACACUGUUAAAAUUAAUGAAAACGAUAUAUUUUUAUUUUUAUUUUCAAUCGAAGCUUCCUAUCAUAAAGUUAAUAAAUUUCAUAAUUUCAAACAUGCUGUGGAUGUCAUGCAAGCAACUUGGAAAUUAAGUCAGUAUUUAUUACCAAAUGAUAAAAAAUAUUCACUAACCGUACUAUUAUUGUGUUUUGCUGCAAUCGGGCACGAUAUGGCUCAUCCGGGCACUAAUAAUAAUAUAUUCAUAAAAUACAAUACAGAAUUAUCAAGUUAUUAUAACAACGAAUCUAUAUUAGAGAAUUUCCAUUUAUUCCUAUUCAAUAAUUUGUUAAAUGAGCAAAGGAAUUGCAUACUACCAAUAACAGAUAAUAAUAAUGUCAUAAAAGAGGCUAUAAUGGCUACGGAUAUGGCAAAGCAUAAGCAUUACGUUAAGAAACUUGAUAAUCUCGUCAUAACAGAAAAUGCUCAAGUAGAUUUAUCUGAGCCACAACUACAUGAUAUGAUCUCGUUUAUUAUCAAAGCAGCAGACAUUUCUAACGUCACUAGACCCCUACGCAUCUCAGCCCAAUGGGCCUAUCUAAUAUCUCUAGAAUUUAAAGAAUGUGAGUUAUUGGAAAAUUAUAUUAACAAUGGGAAGGAUGAUAUAAUUGAUAAAUUAAGUAAUGAUGCUGACGAUAAUAUUAUGAUAAGAGAAAAUUUAGUAUUAUCAACUGAUCAACUUAUUAAAAGGAAUCCGCAUUUAUCGAAAUCUCAAAUUUUCUUCAUUGACGUAUUUGCAGAAGAAUUUUUUAAUAAGUUAACUAAAAAGUUCCCAAUCUUAUCAUUCUUAACAGAUAAUAUUGUUUUUAAUAAAAAUUAUUGGUUAAAGCACAGUGACGAAGUGAAUGAUUAA